AUGUUCACACGCAAACUAAAGAAACAAAUGACAUUAAACACAGAGAGAAUAAAGAACUACACGCAUUUUAUAGAGAUACCGCUAAAAAUAGCCGGCUGUUGGGACUGGUAUCCUAACACCAAUGUCGGAUAUUACACAAUAAUUAAUAACAUUUACCUCAGCUUAGUGUUAUAUCUUUUAACUAAUGUCCUGACUACAUUAAUUGUGACUUUAUAUACCGAGUGGGGAGACAUUAUGGUCUCCUUACAUAAAAUGUCUGAUUGUCUACCCUUUUUCGUUUCUAUCAAUAUUGUCGCUUACUUUGCGGUUCACAAGGCAGAUUUGUACGAUCUUGUUAGGUUCAUGAACGAACGCUUUGAGUAUUAUUCCGCUUAUGGACUAACUAAUAUGACAAUGCUGAAGAGUUACCAGACUGCUAGGAAUUUUGGUUACGCGUACACCGCCUGUACAAUGUUUAGCGUGACCAUUUAUGUCCUGCCGGAUGCUAUUAACUUGUUCAAAGGACAAGCUCUGGAGAAUUGGGUCUACUUGGACGUGAAUGGAUCUCCGUUUUCAGAAAUCGUUUUUUUGCGACAGUGCUUCGCUCAAGGCGUUAUGGGACUGGCAAUAGGCCAAUUAGGUGUGUUUUUUGCUGCAAACGCUGUUCUAUUGUGUGGUCAAUUGGAUCUUCUAUGCUGUAGUCUUCGCAAUGUACGCUACACGGCAAUGCUUUGUAAUGGUGUACAACACGCAGCCAUCGCGGCGGUUCACUCCGACAUACAGACCGAUGAAUUGUAUAAUUAUAUAUACAACAGGCCCGAGAUGAAACCUUCAUUGCACAGUUUUAACAAGAAUGUGAAUACAAGUUUUAUGGACAAAACCACGCAAUUUGAUAUCUACAGUACGGAUCACGAUGAAGCCACGUGCGCCGCACUUAGCGAAUGCGCCCGAGUUUACCAGUUAGUCAAUAUUUACAAAGAAAAAUUCGAGGCAUUCGUAUCGCCGCUACUUGUGUUGAGAGUCGUUCAAGUCACUCUGUAUCUUUGUACUUUAUUGUACGAAGCGACAUCUAAGUUCGAUAUGGUAACAGCAGAGUAUUUAAGCGCUGCAGCGUUGGAUAUUUUUGUGUAUUGCUACUAUGGAAACCAAAUUAUUACACAGGCGGAGCGCGUAUCUACGGCUGCCUACCAGUGCUCCUGGCACACCAUGGGCGUAAAACCUCGGAGGAUGCUCACCAAUUUGUUAUUGGCAAGCCAGCGGUCCGUUGUCAUCCGCGCUGGAAGAUUCGUGCAUAUGGAUCUACACACCUAUGUUAAUAUCAUCAAGACAUCAUUUUCAUAUUACACAUUACUGGUGAACGUCAAUGAAAAGCAUUGA